CACUCGAGAAAUAUGACUUUAUUGUCAUUGUUUCUCGAUCUGUCAUUAAGAAGCAUAGCAUUGUUGGAUUAGAUAUUAUUUAAUAAACGAUCGAAGCGAAUGUAUUCUGUAAAGCAUUGUGAAAAUAUCGUCGAAAGGGCUGGCUUUCGUAAUCGAUGAUACCAAGCGAUUCUAUUUUUUUAAAUAAAAUCGUCCAAGAGUGUGUAUGAAAAUCCACGUAAAAUCAUUGCUGGUUGUUGCAAAUAUUUAUGGAUGUACCAUGACAAAAGUACUUGAAUAUGUAUUUAAUAUUGUAUAAGAAUUGAUUUAAUAAUAAUAUUACUGAUAAUGGAUAACACUGCUGCUACCGAAUGUUUAACCUUGGAUUUCGGACCAUUUGAAACUGUCCAUCGAUGGCAACAAAUGCCAGAAUGUGAUGAGUUUGUCGGUGCUAGGCGUAGUAAGCAUACCGUCGUUGCUUAUAAAGAUGCAAUUUAUGUUUUUGGUGGAGACAAUGGGAAACGAAUGUUAAACGAUUUGUUGCGCUUUGAUGUAAAAGAAAAAUCAUGGGGACGAGCGUUUGCCAUUGGAACUCCACCCGCCCCAAGAUAUCAUCAUUCUGCUGUAGUUAAUGGUUCCUCGAUGUUCGUUUUUGGAGGCUAUACAGGAGAUAUCCAUUCCAAUUCUAAUUUAACUAAUAAAAAUGAUUUGUUCGAAUAUCGCUUUAAAACUGCGCAAUGGACAGAAUGGAAAUUUUUUGGAAAAACUCCUGUUGCUAGAUCUGCUCACGGAGCUGCAGUCUAUGAUAAUAAAUUAUGGAUAUUUGCUGGCUACGAUGGUAACGCUCGUUUAAAUGAUAUGUGGACAAUAUCUUUGCUACCCGGAGACCUGAAGUUUUGGGAAAAAGUUGUUCAAUCCGGAGAUUGUCCACCUACCUGCUGCAACUUUCCGGUAGCCGUGGCCAGAGAGUCAAUGUUUGUAUUUAGCGGACAAAGCGGUGCCAAAAUGACUAAUAGUCUCUUUCAAUUUCAUUUUCGAGAGAAACGAUGGACACGUAUUUCAACCGAACACAUUUUACGAGGUGCACCACCACCACCAGCACGUCGUUAUGGUCACACAAUGGUCAGCUUCGAUCGUCAUCUUUAUGUUUUCGGUGGUACCGUCGAUUCCAGUUUACCUAAUGAUCUUCACUCUUAUGAUCUCGAUACUCAAACUUGGCAUAUCGUCACUCCCUCAUCCGACAGUGAGAUUCCAUCGGGACGUUUAUUUCAUGCAGCAGCAGUGAUAAGUGAUGCGAUGUUUAUUUUUGGAGGCACAGUUGAUAAUAAUGUGCGAUCUGGUGAAACGUUUCGUUUUCAAUUUUCGUCGUAUCCCAAAUGUACAUUGCAUGAUGACUUUGGUCGAAUUUUAAAUUUACAUCUUUUUUGCGAUGUUGAAUUUAUUAUUGGUGAAGAUAAAACGAAAAUCCUAGCUCAUAUUGCCAUGAUUGUUGCUCGCUCGAAAUUUUUAAAGGAACAAAUCAGACAAGCUAAAGUGGAAAAAGAAAAUUCUGAAAAAUUCUUUAAAGCUUCGGAAUAUUCAAAAAAAAAUUCAUCAAUACUUCAAGUGCAUCUUAAAGAUGCGGUACCAGAAGCUUUCGAAAUGGUUCUCAAUUAUAUUUAUACCGAUCGUAUUGAUCCGACAAAGAAAAUUGAAGAUCCUUUGAGUAACAGAAUAGUUUUACUAAUGAUGGAUGUUUAUCGCUUGGCUGUUCAGUUUAAUAUGAAACGUUUGGAGCAGCUUUGUGUUCAUUAUCUUGAAGCUACGAUAAAUCAUGUAAAUGUUUUGGAGGCCUUACAUAACGCAGCGGCGCUUCAGUUAUAUUUUAUCAAAGAAUUGUGUUUGAGUUUUGUUGUAAAGGAUAGUAAUUAUAAUCAAAUAGUCAUGAGUCAAGAAUUUGAAGUACUCGAUCAGCCAUUGAUGGUUGAAAUCAUUAGACGUAAACAGAUGCCGCAGACAAAAAAUUUCCUAAAACCAUAUGACUUAGGAACGGACAUAGGUACAACACUCGAGCAAGAUAUGAAAACAUUUUUAAAUGUAAAUGGUUAUGAAUUUUGUGAUAUUACUUUAAUGCUGGAUGGAGUACCAAUACCAUCGCAUAAAGCAAUCCUAGCAGCACGUUGUAGUUAUUUCGAAGGAUUGUUUCGAUCGUUCAUGCCUGCAAAUAACACAGUCAAUAUACAAAUUGGCGAUAUGAUUCCGUCGUCAGAAUCUUUUUUUUCACUUUUGCGAUAUAUAUAUUAUGCAGAUGUUUCGAUGCCGCCGGAAGAUUCUCUUUAUCUUUUUACGGUCCCAGUCUUUUAUGGUUUUACAAAUAACCGGCUGCAAGCUUUUUGUAAGCAAAAUCUCGAGAUGAACGUUACGUUUGAAAAUGUUAUUCAAAUACUUGAAGCCGCUGAUCGAAUGCAAGCAGUGGAUAUAAAGAAAUAUGCCUUAAAUCUUAUUGUACAUCAUAUUGAAAAGGUAGUACGUUUACCAAGAUUGAAACAACUGAGUCGUGAACUUCUUUUAGAUAUUAUAGAAGCCAUGGCAGAUGAAUGUAGUGAAAUUCAAACAUUUCCAGAUUUAUCGAAUACUUGCUGACACAUUUCUCUGCCUUAUCAACAUUAUCCUUCCCAUUUCCAGGUUUCGAGGCAUUCCACCUUUCAAGAUCUAUUUAUGAUUAAUUUUACAUUAAUUAGAUGUACAAUACUUUUGGUGAUUGUUACAUGAAUUAUAUCACUCCAUUUCAAGUUCCUGAUGUUCAAAGUGUAGGAUUUAAAGUGCUUCCAUAAUUCUAUAUAAAUGAAUGAACGUCCUCUGAACAGACUGGAAUUAUUGAAAUUUUAAGAGGAUUCUGAAACCUGAAAUUCUAUAGCAAAAUUUUAACGCUAUCCGCAACUGAGUUU